AGGAGGAAGGAAAAGGAAGAAAGAGAGAGAAAAAGUGAAAGAAAAGGAAAGAACGGGCGGGGACCUUCCCAAAGAGGAAAUGCACGGGACUGAUCCCAUCCCCCUAGUGUCUCUCUUACUCUUACUCUUACCCUCUGCUAUACGUGAGCAUGAGAUUAAAUAGUUGCAUCGCCAGAUCCCCAUCUUCUGGUCCAAUGCCCUCAUGGCGGCCUGCUCGAGUGGAGAUCCGUCCUUAGUGUCCUCGGCCCCACCAGCACAUCGACUGCUGUUUGUCUCCCAGUAUCCCGAUCAUCAUUCCCCCUCCGACAAGAGUGUUCCAGCAAGGUCCCUCUCCGACGUUGAGGCAGCUCCAUAUAUCCAUGAGUGAGCUUCAAAAGUCCUUUGCGAAAGCAAAAUUGGCCAAGUUCCCGUCCGAACUGCCUCCAGUCCCGGGCAUGGAACCCCACGAGGAAGCAGACGAGGAUAACUCGUCUGUCUCGUCCGCUGGCACGGUGGUGCCUUCGCCCACGAGGCAAUUGUUUUCGAGGCCAGCGCGAGGGUCAGCCUCUACAACUCUCCCCUGGACCGACUUUUUUACCCAGGAACUCUUCUUGACCCAGGUUACCGCCACCGCUCACAUCACUCACCACGUCUACUUGACUCCCCCGAGCUCCUCGGGUCCGUUAUUCGUCAUGCAUCACGGAGCCGGUUCCUCUGGUCUCUCCUUUGCAACGUGCGCCGCAGAGAUCCGAAAGAUUUUGCCAAACGCCGGGAUGCUCUCAAUAGAUGCCCGAGAUCACGGCCAAACCGCCGUGAACGCCGCUCCGGUCCAGGAGGGCCAGGAUCCUCCUCAGGUCGAGCUGGAUUUGACCCUGUCAACACUCAACAAGGACCUCGUCUUCGUGGUGCGCGAGACCCAGUCACGCAUGGGCUGGGACACCCUCCCCGAUAUCGUUCUCGUAGGACAUAGUCUGGGCGGGGCGGUGAUCACCGACGUGGCAAAGACGGGUGAGUUGGGAGCCAAGGUAUUGGCGUAUGCUGUGUUGGAUGUUGUGGAAGGUUCAGCAAUGGACGCCCUUCAAAGCAUGGAGAAAUAUCUCUCCACUCGACCCUCGCGGUUUCCGUCGUUAACCUCAGGAAUAGAAUGGCACACCCGUUCCCGAACAAUUCGCAACCGCACCUCCGCGCGAGUGUCCGUUCCUUCGUUACUAUAUGAAAAGGGCACCCCAACCGAUGACCCCUCAAAGCCCUGGGUUUGGCGAACCAACCUCGCCGAAACGAAACCUUUCUGGGAGAACUGGUUUGUCGGGCUGAGUCGGAAGUUCCUUGAGGCUCGCGGCGGCAAGUUAUUGCUGCUAGCUGGCACGGAUCGUCUAGACAAAGAAUUGAUGAUUGGACAGAUGCAGGGCAAGUACCAACUCCAAGUGUUCCCCGAAGCAGGUCACUUCAUCCAGGAAGACCAACCGACCAAGACGGCUCAGAUCCUGGUGGACUUCUACAAGCGCAACGACCGCAGCGCACUAGUGCUUCCACCUAAGGUGGCCGAUCUACAGGCGUCUGCGGCGAUGAAAAAGAGCACAGAUAGGUAAGAGUCGGGUUUGGGAGAUAGUCGUAGUAGAUGGUUGAAUUAGGUGUAUAUAUCUCCCUGCUUAGACAAAUCAGCACGUUUAUCUGGAUGACCAGAAACUAGGGUUUCCAGUGAGACGCAGAAUUUUGAUGGGCAAAGGCAUGUGCUGUAUAAUGCCAAAUAAUGAGCUUUAUAUUCUUAGGUAU